UGGGUCACUCUCUGGGAGGGGAGGGUACUAAUGCAAUAAUACCUGUACAUUUUUUUCCUAAUAUUCUCCCGAUCGACCAGCCAAGUCUCAAAUAUCGACAAGUAGCUUGCGAUCGACGAGUUGGUGACCCCUGCUUGAUUUGAAUUAUCACUUACCUGCAUUUUCCGGAUGUGAUCUCGCUCCAGGCUUUGGACCAUGUCUUCUACUACAGCCUGAACGCGUGCUUGUUGAGCCUCCGCCAUUUCUCCUCGCUCUAUUCAAUACUUUUCUCUGUUUUCAAAGACAACUUUUGUAUUAAAAUGUGUGGGUAAAUGCGAUGUAGAUGACUGACUACACAAUUAGAUGGACACUAAGGUCACCUCCAUUCAAGCAUGGUUUUAGGAUGAACAGGCGAUGUCGUCACUUCCUGAAUAGUUCCGGUUUUACGGGUAAAACUUCCGGUUUGGAAUAUGUUAUUAUUGAAAGUCUAUAAAUCUUUAUUGUCUUUACCGCAGGAUAACGAUUAUUUUUAAUUUACAGGUCAUACUAUUAGUAUUAUUUAAUAUGUUUAUUGCAAUUAAUCUUAAUGAUUCAUAUAAAAAAAUAAAUAGCAUAAUUUAGUACAAGGCGAGGACAUAGCUCUUCCGUAAGAUUUUAUUUUAACAAAAAUCAAGCAUUAUUAUAUAAAUGAGGUCGGAGACCAAUAAUACUGCAUUAUUAUCAUUUCAAAAUGCACACAAAAUUGUGUAUGUUUUUUAUUUUGAAAGCCCACGAGUACGCGGAAGUGUGUCCCUGUAUUUACUGACAUACACGCGACGGUGUUUUUGAACUUUCGACAGGCUAGUACUGCAGAACUAGUUUAGCAAGUUAAUGUGAGCCACUUGGAUGGUUUGUUUGUUAAUAUUCUUCUGUCUUGUAUGUCCUUGGAUCACACUUCAGGCCCACCAUGAUUGUUCGAACCCUGUCAGUCAAAGCAUUGCUCCUCCUGUGGAUUUUUUAUUCUUGCAGAAGUUUGUCAUCGUCACAGGAGCUGCGAGAACCACCCACAAAGAUUGCCGUGGUUGGAGCGGGCAUCGGCGGCGCGGCUGCAGCCUUCUACCUGAGACAGGAGUUUGGGCCCGGUGUCAAGAUUGACGUGUUUGAACCUGGCGAGGUCGGCGGCCGACUGGCGACAGCGAAGAUUGGGAAUCACGAAUAUGAGACGGGAGGUGCUGUGAUCCAUCCCCUCAACCUCCACAUGAAGCAAUUUAUUGACAAAUUAGGUCUCUCUACAUGUAAAGAUGUGCCGUCAAAAAUGGCCAUCUUUGAUGGCAGCGAGCUCACGUUCGAAGAGAGCGACUGGUUUAUUGUGAAUUUCUUGCGCAUGCUGUGGCGCUACGGCCUCAACUACCUCCGCAUGCAGAUGUGGGUGGAGAGUGUUUUGGACAAAUUUAUGAGGAUCUACCAGUACCAGCAGUACAGUUACUCCUUCACCAGCGUAGAGAGGCUCCUGCACGCUAUGGGUGGAGAUGACUUCCUCAGGCUUAUUAAUCAGACUCUGGAGGAAACAAUGAUAGCCGAAGGUUUUUCACAGAUCUUCCUCAAUGACGUUGUGGCACCCAUGACACGUAUCAGCUAUGGCCAAAGUGUCCGAAUUAAUGGGUUUGUGGGGGCUGUGUCACUGGCGGGGGCUGAUUCAGGCUUGUGGUCUGUGGAUGGAGGCAAUAAGAAGGUUUGCUCCGGACUUCUUUACCACAGCAAGAGUGAACUCAUCCGAGCUAGAGUGGCCUCCAUUUCAUUUAAAGCUCGCCCAUCAAAGAAAGGCCCCUCCAGCAGCUUCUAUGAGAUCAGUUACGUUGACGACGCAGGCGCAGGUCACUCGCUAUAUGACAUUGUCGUCAUAGCAACGCCACUUCACCAGGGCAAGUCUGACAUCUUGUUCUCAGGCUUCUCACCGGCCAUCCCAUCUCAGUUCCCGGGUAGCUACCACCAGGUGUUCUCCACUCUGAUCCACGGCGUGCUCAACACGUCCUACCUCGGGAUAACACGCCCCGCCUCAGAGUUGACUGUGUCCGACGUGCUCACCACGGACUGCAAAGGCAGCGCCUUGUACAGUCUGACGUCUGCUGACCCAGUGCACAUCGUGACGGGAUACAGCCGUCCUCCUGCCAGCCACAGCAAAGUAUGGAAAGUGCUUUCUCCUCAGUCGCUGGGCCAGGAGGAGCUCCAACGUAUGUUCCUCUCCUGGGACUCCGUGUCCGAGACCCAGUGGCUGGCCUACCCGGCCUACCGCACCCCGAUCCGCCACACCCCGCCCUUCAUCCUUCACAGCCGGCUGUACUACCUCAACGCAGUGGAAUGGGCGGCCAGCGCCAUGGAGAUGAGCGCCAUCUCAGCCAGGAACGUGGCCCUACUAGCGCACCACCGCUGGCACGGUCAGACAGGCAGGAUCGACCAGGAAGACCUGCACACGCGUCUACGAGGUGAGCUCUGAAGGACUCUGACCGGCAUUUGUACGGGUUUAUUCAAGGCACACAGUCUUGAAAACAAUUCUUAGGUGUCUUUUAUGUCUUACUUAUACAAUGCCACGCCUCUUUACAACUCCACCAAGAAGCCUUACAUGCCAUGAAGACGGCAUUCAACCUGACUUAAAACACAUUAAUGCUUUCACGUUUGUCAACACAUUUGGAGGCAGAGAAGAACCUUUUUAAGGUGGAAAACAAGCCGUUGCAAUACCUGUUUAAAUUUGUUUAUUCAUUUUUAAAAUGGAAAUACUGGAAAGAGAACUCAUCUUUUCCAGGGCCAUAAAAGCUUUAUUAACUGUUCAAGCAAUGUUUUAGCUUUAACUGUAAAAUAAGUCUAACCUGCUGAAUAAUGAGACGACACCAAACUAAACUUGAAUAAAAUGACUCAUCUUCCGGUAAUAAGUGAGGAGACGGGAUUAGUGAAGGCGAAAAAACGCCAUGAGUUGCGCUUUUUAACAUUCUUAACUGUUGUGCAAGUAUAAAACGAAGUUAAAUGUUGUGUAGUGGGGUUAAACUACGCUAGGAUAAAAUUGCUCAGCUGUUUACAAUUUUCUAAGACUUUCGUACGCCGUGCUUUUUAACAUUCUUAACUGUCAUGCAGGUGUAAAAGUAGGUUAACCGCUGUAUAAGACCAAAUAAAACCAAACUGUAAUGAACACAAACUAACCACCCUUUCCUAACAAUUUUCCGUUGACGAAUUCCACUUUCUGCGUCACGCAGUUUGACAUUCUUAACUGUCAUAAGUUAACAGGUGUUCAGGAAAAACUCUACUGAUGCUGCGAUUUACGUGUGUGUGUGAGUCUCUUCAAGUUAACACUGCCUGCAGGGCGCUAACUUUUCAACGUGUUCCAAGCAUUUAUAUCUCGCCCUCUUCCUGCUCCGAGCAUGUAAGCUGUGUCCCGUUGCUAAGCGGUGGAAUUAUGAGCCGGCUGCAAACAGCCACUUUUAUGAAAAGUCAUUUUUAAGUGCAGUUUGAAUUUGAGGUAGUGCAAAACAACACGGUGUACCAGCACAAAAUCGGCUUUUAUCCACAAAUUCAUAAAUUAUCUGGGGGGAAAAAAGUGUGUGUAAGGGUUUCAGUACACGUAAUAUCUGGGGACUUCCAAAAUAGCACGACGUUAGAUGUGUUGGAGUUUAGAAAUUCCACUGUCCGUGCUUUUGCUUGGUCACAAGGGCCACACACUCUUGGAACGUAGCCUUGAAAAUGUCGUAAAUAAGUGACAAUCACUCGAUUACUCAAACGGCAGCCAACCGGUGGGACCACAUUGGAUUGAGAUGAAACCCAGCACCACUGCCUCAUACACACUCAUUUUCUUGGAAGUGUUUGAUAUCAUGACGAUCUAAUACUGCUACACGUCAUUGGGCAUGCCCGCACAAUGUAAAUAUUAGAGGAUGCUGCCUUCUCACAGGUAAUAACGCCCGCUUUUCACUGACACUGUCAGAGAGGUAUUAAUUUAACACUGUUAUUGUCCUUGUAGCUUACAGUGGUGAGUACAAGAGGUAAAGAACACCUCUGUGUUGGCCUUUGGCCUUCAUUUUCCAUAACGCUGUAUCACGUAAAUAAGCCUAUUUGUUGAUAAUGAUGAUGUCUCCUCAGUCCUACCUCCUUAAUAUGGUGGGCGGGGGCGUUUAAACCGCUGUCACACAAAAUAAGGUAAAUUGUGUUUUUCAGUAGAAUCCUGCCUAGCAAAUAUAUUGACUAUCAACACUUCCUUUGAGAAGACACUACUAUUUGGGCUUGUACACGCGUCAUGUUUAAAAACCAAAAAGCAAUACUUUUACCUAUUUUGAAAGAGAAUUGUUUCUUAAAGCACUUUUUUGACAUUUCAAACAGGCUAAGAUGGGUUAACUGCACUAAGUCAGUAAGCCAUGAAACAAUUUGAAAGCACACUGGAUGUUUCCUGAAAAUGUUUACAAUAAAAUGACUUCUACUGUAAUAAAAAAGGAUGUUUAGUGUUGUACUUAUGAUAACUGUGAGAUAAGUUGAGCGAUUGUCUGCCUGAGAGCCUUGUGACACAUCAGUCAUAAGCCAAGUGAAAUCAGAAUAAUAAAAAAAAAAGGAAA